CUCGUAAUCUCUCCUGCGUCCAUCCUCUCCUCGCGGCGGGGGAAGAAUGGCCGACCCGAGCUUCCUCGUCGGGAUCGUAGGGAACGUAAUCUCCAUCCUCGUCUUCGCGUCGCCGAUAGCGACGUUCCGGCGCAUCGUGAGGAGCAGGAGCACGGAGGACUUCAGGUGGCUGCCGUACGUCACCACCCUGCUCAGCACCAGCCUCUGGACCUUCUACGGCCUCCUCAAGCCCGGCGGCCUCCUCGUCGUCACCGUCAACGGCGCCGGCGCCGCGCUCGAGGCCGCCUACGUCGCGCUCUACCUCGUCUACGCGCCAAGGGAGACCAAGGCGAAGAUGGCCAAGGUGGUGGUGGCCGUGAACGUCGCCUUCCUUGCCGCGGUCGUCGCGGUGGCGCUGCUGGCGCUGCACGGCGGCGCCCGCCUGUUCGCGGUGGGCCUGCUGUGCGCCGCGCUCACGGUCGGGAUGUACGCGGCACCGCUCGGCGCGAUGCGGACGGUGGUGAAGACCCGGAGCGUGGAGUACAUGCCCUUCUCCCUCUCCUUCUUCCUCUUCCUCAACGGCGGCGUCUGGAGCAUCUACUCCCUGCUCGUCAAGGACUACUUCAUCGGGGUCCCCAACGCCAUCGGCCUCGUCCUGGGCACGGCGCAGCUGCUGCUGUACCUGGCGUACCGGAAGGCGCCGGCGAGCAAGGACGACGACGAGGAGGCGGCCGCUGCUGCGUCGGGGGACGACGGCGACGACGAGGAGGAGGAGGAAGGGCUGACGCACCUGAUGGGGCAGCAGGUGGAGAUGGCGCAGCGCGGCCGCCUGCGCCUGCACAAGGGGCAGAGCCUGCCCAAGCCGCCGCCGGGCGGGCCGCUGUCGUCGCCGCGCCACGGGUUCGGGAGCAUCAUCAAGUCCCUGUCCGCCACCCCCGUCGAGCUGCACUCCGUCCUGUACCAGCACGCCCGGUUCCAGCCCGUCAAGAAGGACGACGACGACGUGGAGGCCAACGACUGACUGAUAUGAUGCAUUAAUUGAUGCUGCUAUUGUUCGACCGACGUGGUAGCGGUACAGAGGCGCCCUUUUAGUAUUCAGGCCAGGGUAGCGUUCCAAUGGACAGGGUUUGAGUGUGUUCUUCACAUAUUUGCAGGUUCGAAACCCAGAUGAAUUAAUAUGUUUGAGU